UUAUUUAUUUUCCUCGACGCGGUUUGAAGGGCCAUUUCGCCACCCACACGCUCUCGCUUUCUCUGACUGACACACCAAUCUACUCUCCUUUCCCUCUUUGCUUUUCGCCUCAACGGAAAUUUCUCCAACGAUUCUCUUCUUCUUCACUUCUGGCUUACACUCUUCUUCUUCUUCUUCAUCACGGCUGGACUCGGCCACAGCUUCAGCUUCUUCUUUUUCAGACCGACCCAGAGAGCUUUGAGGCAAAAAAUGACGACUAUGAUUGAGUUUCAGGGCAAGGAGAGCUCCAAUUUGGAUGAAGGGUAGAAGGGAGCAGAUGGGUUUCUUUUUUUUAGCUUCUUUUUCUUUUUGGGUCGAUCGAAAUUGAUUUGUGGGAUUGUGUGUAUAUAAAUAUAUUUAUAUAUUUCAUUAUCUGUGUAUAUCUUUUAUUCCUUUCUUGCGGUUGCGCCGCAUGUGGGUCUUUUUAGUUCAUUGCAAUCUUCGCCAAUUCCAUCGCAUCUUCUUGUGUCUGUAUGUCUUGUGGCCUCCUAUGUUGUCGCAGAAAAGAAACCCAGAUGAUGGAGAUGGUUCGGCGGAUGGUGAUAAUCCCGAUGAUAAGCGUAGAAAGUUUUGUUUUAUGAGUGUGGUUCGUGAUGCCAUAUCAUUGCAAUCAAUGCAACAGCUAUUGGAGCCAGUCAUUCGUAAAGUGGUGAGGGAGGAGGUUGAAUUGGCACUAGGAAAGUACAUUACCAAUGUGCAAAGGAAUGAUGAGAAUGACGCAAAAGAAAUCUAUUCUUCUGGGCCAAGAUGCUUUCAAUUGAAGUUCGUAACUGAUAUUUCUCUCCCGGUAUUUACUGGAUCACGCAUUGAAGGAAGAGAUAGUUCCAAUUUGAUGGUGGCUUUGGUUGACACCUUAACUGGGGAAGUUGUUGGCGCUGGGCCUCAAUCCUCUGCCAAGGUGGAAAUUGUAGUGCUUGAGGGUGAUUUUGAGGGUGGAGGUGAUAAUUACACCGUAGAGGAGUUUAGGAAUAACAUUGUAAGAGAGAGGGAAGGAAAGAAACCACUUCUAACAGGAGAGACACUUGUGAGUCUGAAAGAUGGGAUUGGUUUGGUAGGUGAGAUUUCUUUCACCGACAAUUCAAGCUGGACUAGAAGCCGUCGGUUCAGGCUCGGUGCAAGAAUUACAGACGACAAUGAUGGAACGAGAAUACUUGAAGCAAAGACUGCAUCAUUUGUUGUCAGAGAUCACCGUGGAGAAUUGUACAAGAAGCACCACCCUCCAACUCUGCAGGAUGAAGUAUGGAGAUUGCAGAAAAUUAGCAAGGAUGGAGCCUAUCAUAAGCGCCUGAGCCAAGCAAAAAUUGAGACGGUGCAAGAUUUCCUAACUCAUCUUUAUGUACAACCUUCAAGGCUUCGCAAUAUUCUUGGCCCUGGUAUGUCUACCAAAAUGUGGGAAGCUACAAUUGAGCAUGCACAGACAUGUGUGCUCGAUAAGAAGAUUUAUGUGUACAAACCUCAUGAUUUGGAACAGAAAAGCGGAGUGGUCUUUAAUGUUGUAGGACGAGUGAUGGGGCUACUUUCAGAUUACCAGUACGUUCCCAUAGAUAAGCUAUCUGAAAGUGAAAAGGCUGAUGCUCACAACUUGGUUAUCUCUGCAUACAAACACUGGGAAGAAGUGGACUCCAUUGAUGAUGAAACUACUCUUGUAGGUGGCUCUUCUCACCCACUUAGUUUUGUUUACACCCCGAGCUCACCCAUGGAGGACCAUUCUUAUGGUAGCAAGUACUUGUCUUCUCCAAAAUUUAGUGGCUUUGAUUUCCCACCAUCAAAUGCCUAUUCUUCAGACAUAAUUUCAUCGAUGGGUUCUACUGGGAAUCCUUGCGGCUUGGACGAUCAUGCUUUGCAGGGUUUCGGUUCUAUGGUUGUAAGAUAUGAUCCGAUGCCAAGUUCCCCAAAUUUUGCCAACUCUUCUCUGAUCUGCGAUUCCGAGCCACUACACUCAUCUUUCUUUGACGUGGAUCAUACGCAAGUUCUAGAGUCCGAUGUGCAAUGUAGCUCGAUUUUAGAAUCACGAGUGACAACAACUACUCUUCAAGGUGGCUCCUCAUCGUGUGUUGCUCAAAUGAGAUGGGCUAAGGUAUAUGGUGCGCUAAAAUGGUUCUUUUUGUUGAGAUUGGUAAUCAGGAGGAGAAACAAACAUGGGUUCAAGAGAUACAAAGGUGUACAGGGUCGUGGAAAGGAAAAAUUGGACUAUGGUUGAAACGUAAAAAUAGCGUCAGGCUUAAAGUGUGUGCGUUUAUAAAGAGAUGCGAGAGAGGGGUGUUCUUGUGUGAUAUGGAAGGUCCUGUGGUUAUGCUAUGUCUCUGAGCCAGAAGAUUUUUCUCUCUGAUUCAAGUGUUUGUACAUUGGUGUAGCAAUUUUCGACACUAUCAGAAAGUAGCUGGUCUCAGUUGAUGUUUGAUCAGAAUGCCCAUAAUACUUAUGUUUUGGUUCUUUACACGCCACUGUUUAUACAUUUCUGUACAAAACAAGCUCUCUUUCUGCCUCUUUUUAACAUUGGGAAUGGGAGGUUUUUAUUAAUAGUGCAUAUAAUUUUCUUCUUAAGAA